UCAUUAGAAAAAUUUAUUAGAAAAAUUUUCUAUUAAAAUGGAGGUAACUUCCCAAAAUACCCUUCAAAACCCGGCCAAGUAGCCCAAAAAAUCUCAGCCAUCGUUAAACCCAGUGGCUGUUCCAGUCUCACGCUCCACCUUCUUCAUUUUAUACGUCGAGAACGCAUCUACUUGAGUUCUGAUAAGAGCUCUCGUUGCACUAGUUUCUAUACUGUGGUGGGUGACGCCUAUCCAUGGCAGCAAUCUCUCUCUUUUCCUCUGCGACUAGUCUCCCCACCCUUUGGAGCUCGCUGUCACCGCCAUUGCCUCGAACCGAAGAAGCUCUCGGUACCCUACCCGGUAGAACUCGUUUUCUGAACAAGUGUUCAGUUUCAACAAGUUUUUCAGUACAAGCUUCCUUGCCGGAGAAUAAUAGCGAUAGAUUUAAAGUGGAAUACACUCCUUGGAUGAUUGUUGGAUUGGGUAACCCUGGAAAUAAGUACCACGGAACUAGGCACAAUGUUGGUUUUGAAAUGAUAGAUAGUAUUUCCAAGACGCAGGGCAUUGUGAUGAAUACAAUUCAGUCAAAGUCGCUGGUUGGAAUAGGUUCCAUUGGAGAGGUACCAAUUUUGGUGGUGAAGCCUCAAGCUUACAUGAAUUAUAGUGGGGAAGCGGUUGGACCACUUGCAGCAUAUUAUCAAGUACCUCUACGUCAUAUAUUAUUGGUUUAUGAUGAGAUGAGCCUACCAAAUGGUGUUUUAAGAUUGCAGCAAAAAGGAGGACAUGGCUAUCACAAUGGUGUGAAGAGUGUAGUGGGCCAUCUGGAUGGCUGCCGUGAUUUUCCUCGCUUAUGUAUUGGUAUUGGAAAUCCACCUGGUACUAUGGACAUGAAAGCCUAUCUUCUACAAAAAUUCAGUACAGUAGAAAGACAUCAGAUUGAUGCAGCACUGGGUCAAGGCGUUGAGGCUGUGAAGACACUGGUGCUAAAUGGAUUUGACCCGAAUAUCACUAGUUUCAAUUUGAGGCAAAAAUACAAGUAUCACAAAGUGUAAUGUCGAAUUUACAGAACACAAGUCAAUAGCACGAUGUAACAUAUUUUAUUUGAACCGGGAGGUGAGUUUGUCCUUGCACAGAAUAGGUUAAUCGUAGCAGUAAUGUAAUUUCUAUUGUCUUAGUUUAGUUAAUAAUAUGUAGCGAAAGAAUGUCUUGAAAAACAACAAAUUUCGGCUCCUCUGUGCUCAACUAC